CAAGUUCAAAUCAUAUUUUGCAUCUCUUCCUGGUUUUAUAGUCUCCUGUUUUUCAAUACUUUUCAAAACUCUAGAUUUCUACAACAGAUUUACCACUUCACCCUUAAACUCAGUUAAAACCCCCUCACUUUCUUCUCCACAACAAUGAGCUUCUCAGACCUGUAUGACAAAGCCCCAGGUACUGCUAUCCAAAUAGAUGAAGAUUUAAAACAGCCGCUUAUGAAAGAUUAUGAAGGCGAAAACUUCUCGUCUCUCUCUGAUCCCGAGAAAGGGCAACCUCAGCUUGAAACUCCUCGGAGGCCGUUGAAAGCAUUGUUGAAAGCAUUGUUGGUAUCGCAAGCAUUACUGUAUUUGAUUGCUGCUAUUUUGGUUACAUUAAUGACCUUUUUUGCAAGUGACAAAUUUAUGAAAUACGUCGCACACAAUUACCGGCUCCGUUCAUUCACUAAUUUGGCCACGAUGACGUCUGCGUUUUGUCUUGGUACAGCGUAUCGACGGAACCCUAAUUCAAUGGCUUACAAAAUCCUGCUCACUACCUAUACAUUUUCAACGAGUGCAUAUCUUACUGUAAUAAUGGUUUCUUGCAUUUUUCUGGGGAACUGAAGUGUCAAUGAGCUAGAGAUGAUACAGGCUGACGGGGAAUUUGGGUCUCAGCGGAGUAUGUACAAACUGCAUACUGAAUUUCCUAUUUCUCGGAUUUCUCGCAUUAUCCUGGUAGCUGAAUAAGUAUUCUUUCUAUAGUUCGAAUAUGUAAUUCAGACCUAAAGGAAUAGGUGGCGUUUAUAAUAUAUCCUUAUCAGUGAAUUAGGUGAUAUGAAUUCACAAUCUCCGUGAUUGAGGAUUCCUCCUGAAUCAUUUCUCGCAUUUAGUUAAUAUUAAUAGGAAUCUUG